GUCUGGUUCGGUGUUAACGUGUUAAAAUGAGGUUAGUGUUAUUGCUUACGUGCCUGUUGGCACUUGUAGUGGCUGAAGAAGGUGUCCCCAAAUGCACACCUUCGGUGACCACGGCUAGCGGAACUAGAGCGCCUACCGGAACUAUCUGUUCAGGAUCUCUCAUUUUUGAGGAUACCUUUGAUUUCUUAGACUUUGAAAAGUGGCAACAUGAAAAUACGCUUGCUGGAGGCGGUAAUUGGGAAUUUCAAUGGUAUACGAACCAUCGAUCCAACUCCUAUUGCGAGAAUGGAGUCUUCUAUAUUCGUCCUACUUUGCUAGCCGACGACACUGGAGAAGCGUUCCUGACAAGUGGAACCUUGAACAUUCAUGGAGGUCAGCCAGCUGAUCAGUGCACUGCACCAUUUUUCUGGGGUUGUGAACGAGCCGGCACGGAUUCAAAUCCGAUCAACCCAAUUAAAAGUGCUCGAGUUCGCACAGUCGAAUCAUUUAAUUUUAAAUACGGUCGUUUGGAAAUAAGAGCACAAAUGCCAACUGGUGAUUGGCUAUGGCCAGCUUUAUGGCUUCUUCCAAAGAACCAGGUUUAUGGAUCAUGGCCAGCUUCCGGUGAGAUUGAUCUAACCGAGUCACGCGGUAAUAUUGAUUACCAUGAUGCCAACGGAGUUCAUAUUGGAGUUGAACAGGUCGGUUCUACUUUGCACUUCGGACCGAACCCAAAUAUGAACGGCUACGAAUCGACAAUGAGCCACCUAAACAGUGCUGCGGGACAGGGUUUUAAUACUGGAUUCCACUUGUAUCAAUUAGAAUGGACAACCGAUCAUAUCACAUUCAGUGUUGACAACCAAGUACUGAAACGUAUUGAUGCAGGAAGCGGAUUUUGGGCUAGAGGGGGUUUCCAAACUUCAUCACCCGCAUCAGAGAAUCCUUGGCUGCAUGGAACUUUAAUGGCACCGUUCGACCAAGAGUUCUAUAUCAUCAUGAAUCUGGCAGUUGGCGGCACAAAUGGUUUCUUCCCGGAUGUUCCACCUGCGACCAAUGGUGCUCGAGGAAAACCGUGGAUAAACCUUUCUGGUACUGCAACUCGUGAUUUCUGGAACGGUCGAAGCUACUGGACUCCCACGUGGAAAAUGACCGAAGACAGGGGAAAAUCAUCGUCACUGCAGGUUGAUUAUGUUAGAGUAUGGGCAUUGUAAACAAACAAUAAAGUGACUGGAACAUUGUA